AAGUUCUUAAUUAAAAAAUCUGAUUUAAAAAUAUAUUAAUUAUAAAAAUAGAGUAAAGAACUACUUGAAAUAGCAUAUUAGAAAUUUAUUCAAAAAUUAUUAAUAGUUAGACUAAGACUUAAGUAGUAGUUAUCUCAUAACCAUAAUAUUAAAAAUAGAAUUAAAGGAAACCUUUUCUAAAGUUUAUAAGAUUAAGGAAUAUUAAUUAUUAAGUGUGUACAUCAAAGCAACAUGAAGAUUUCUCUUUUAAAUUAUGUCUUAAUAGCUAUGAUAGCCUUGCAAAGUAUUGUUUAUUGUAGCACUGAUGACUAAAGUCGCUUAUCAAAACUAUAAAUUAAAUUUGGAUCUCCUACUACAAUAACUUUCUUGUAUUAAUAGACUUUUAGGACAGAAUUUUAGGAAAACACUUAUAAGGAGAACAUUACUCCUUCUUUUUGCAGUAUCAAAUAAUCAAGCUUUACAGCUAGCGAAGCUCAAUAAAUUAAUAUUUCUGACUUGUGUUAUACUAAUUGCCUUUUUUAAGCAUAAGAUUAUUAUGCUUAUAUAGUGAAUGAGAAAAGUUAAUUUAUAGUUUUCUAAAUGUAGGAAGAAGGCACAAACUAAAAUUACAAAAUACCUUACUUCUCGCGUAAAUUGAUAACCAGAAACUAAAUUGAUGAAGAUCUACAAAAAUUACAAAAUCUAUCUAAAGCUAAGCUUAUUCUUAAUCAAAACAAUACUCUAAAACAAGCUAGUCUAAUCACUUAGUACAAAUUUUAUUGGUAUUAAAGUGGAACCAUUCAAACCUCAUAAUUUAAUUUUUCAAGCUUUGACGAUUAAAGUUUGUCAAAAAUAAUUAUUUAGGAUUAAUAUCUAAUAAUUCCAGAUGACUCAACUGGUAUACAAAUUUACAGCUAUUCUAGCAUCUCUCCUUCAAAUAAUUAUUCUCUUUAACCGCAUUUGAAUAUUACCAUUUCUUAGUUUUUUAAGUUAUAAGAAUGGUAGAGAAUCUAAGAUAUGAUAAAUAAGUAAGAUAAUAAUAGUAACAUAGAUCCAAACAAUGGAUAGACAAGUAAUGGGCAAGAUAUUUUUGAGUUUAAUUUUAGUAUUAAAUCUUUAUAAGUUAAACUCGUUUAAACUUAAACUAUAAACAUAUUUGCUUAUGAAUAGUUUAGUAAAGCUAUAUGCAUAUUUUCUGUGGACUUGCUAAAUAAGUCUGCCUUGCUUAUUUAAAAAGUACCUACUGCAGGAAAAAUAUCUAACUUUCUGAUAAAUAAUAACUUUUUAUAUGCAAAUCAAGCUAUUUCAAAAGGGAUCAGGGAUAACUUUUCUCUUGUUGAAUUUUAGUAAAUUACAUCCUAGGGCAAUUAUAUCCCACGUCAAACUUAUCCUAUGACUUCAAAUAUCUCUAAAAUUUUAGUAAGUGAAACACUAAGCUACUCUUUAUAAGAAAAUAUAAUAAGCAUAGUUCGCAGAUAGGUUCCAUUUAAAUUAAACUCUGAAGAAGAAACUAAACAAUAGAUAUCUAUCUAGUAUAGUGAAGGAGCUGAUGAUUUUUGGAAUUUCCCAGCUAAAUUUACAUAGAAUCAAUCUAGUCCUGUUAGAGGUAGCGGUUCUAGCUAAGAUACAAUAAAUGAGUCUACAAAAUACUUGGAUUAAGAUUCUGAUGAUUCAAGUGGCUCUUAUUUUUCCCCACGUUUAUCUCUAUAAGACAAUGAUAGUUUACUAAAUCCUGUAGAUUCUAUACUAGUUAAAAACUAAGAUUCUCUUUCGAUAAUUAUAAUAUAAGAAAAACUAUCUCAUCUCAUCUGCUAGCCAGAAGAUGAAAAAGUUUUAAAUAAAGAAUAUACAUUUUUUAUGUCUCUAGAAGUAUUUAGUUCCAAAGAUAGUUCAGGAAACAUCCAACUCUAAACCUAUUCUGAAGGUCUUGACAUCACAAUCUUCAGGGACAUAUUUUAAAACAGCACUGUAGCAUUAGUAGUUGGACUUUCAGUAGGGCUUACUUUGUCAUUAAUUGUAGUGAUAAUUUUCUGCAUAUAUUUCUAUAGAAUGAAAAACCACUACCAAUUACUACUUUAAGAUAACUCAAAAGACUUAUCUAAGGAAGUAGCCAGUAGUUCAAUUAAUACAAGCAGUAACAAUAGUAGUAAUGAGUCAUAUCCCUCCUCUGUAAAUAUGCAAUCUAAUUAAACUGAAGAACAAUAAAAUAAUUAAGCAAAUAUAUUCAAAAGUAAUAAGAACAAUUUCUAAAAAAAUAAUUCAAAAAAAUAUAAUAACAAUAAUUAGCAAAUAUAAUUACCUGUGCUAGAUGAUAAUAACAUUAUCUUCAAUGCUCAAAAUGCAAAUAGUAAUGAUGGCAACUAUCAUUUUUAAAGCGAUCAACAUGCAAAUGAAUUUUAUAUUAAUAGCUACCAAAUUUAGAAUUAAAAUUAAAAGUAUAUUAUCCCAAAUAAUACCUAAAUGUAAGAUUUGCCAAACUAAGAAUUUACAGGAAUAAGAAACCCUGAAUAAGAUAUAAGUUAAAAAUUUCCAUCUUGUGAAUUAGACUGUAGCAGCAGUAGUGGCAAUAAUGAUAUUAAAAAUGUUGAAAAUGAUAAUACUAAUGGGAAUCAUAGUAAAAGCAGUGAUAAAAUUAAAAAUAUAUAGAAAAGCUAAAAUAUAAAAGCUCCUAAUUCCUAAUAAAUUGUUGAAGAUGAAUUGAAUUCAAAUAAUAGCAAUAAAUCUGAGCAUGUUUCUUUUAGGAAUAAUAGUAUUGAAGAAUAAGAAAGUUAGAAUAAUUCUAACUCUGAUAAAUCUUCAAAAGGACCAUGUGCAUAGUCGUAAAUAUCAAAAGAAAUGAUAGGCUAUGAUAUAGUUAGUUUUAAAUCACAAACAUCAGACUAGCUUAGGCAAAGUUAAACGAUUUAUAAUUCCCCUUUGAAGCCAAACAACUUAGAAAACGAUAAUAGCAUUGAAUUUAAAUUAAAGUAAAAUUAAAUAUAAUUUGCUGAAAAAAGAGACUGA